UGCCCCGGGAGAGCUGUCCUUCCCUGCUCCCGGGCGCCCAGCCAGCGGGACUCCCGGGCGGGGCUCUCCGGUUGGAGGCGCCUUCGCCAAUCAGCUGCCCGGGUGGAGGAGCCGCUCCAGCGGCGGGGCUGGGCGUGUGCACUGGACUGAGCCGGAGCCGGGCGCUGAUCAGCAGCUGUUGCUAUUUUCCUCCCGUGGCGCUCGGGGAAGCAGCUGGGCGGCGCUGGGAGCGCACAGCCACUGGGGAGCUGCUGGGGGAGCGCAGCGGGCUCGGGCGCCCAGGCAGCCGCUCCGGGCGGUGGGUAAAACGCGGCGCCGUGGCCGGCUGGGUGCCCGCGAUGGCCUCAGAGGAGUGCCGCUCACCCGUGGGGCUGGACUGCUGCAGCUGCUGCCUGGACCUGGCCAACCGCAGCGGCCUGGAGGAGGGGGCCGGGAGCGAGAACAACAACCUGGGCAGCCCCACGGUGAGCAACUUCCGGCAGCUGCGGGCGCAGCUAGUGUGCGAGAACCUGAACGCCGACAAGCUGAGCAGCAUCAUGCGGCAGGACUCGCUGGAGCCGGUGGUGCGGGACCCCUGCUACCUGCUCAACCAGGGCAUCUGCAACAGCAACAUCGACCAGACCCUGCUCUCCAUCCUGCUCUUCUUUCACAGCGCCUCCGGAGCCAGCGUGGUGGCGAUCGACAACAAGAUCGAGCAGGCGAUGGAUCUAGUGAAAAACCACUUGAUGUAUGCUGUGCGGGAGGAGGUGGAGAUCCUCAAAGAGCAGAUCAAAGAACUGGUGGAGAAGAACUCCCAGCUGGAGCGAGAGAACAGCCUCUUGAAAACGCUGGCCAGCCCUGAGCAGCUGGAGAAAUUCCAGUCCCGGCUGCCUGCAGAGGUGCUAUCUGCAGAGGAGCAGGGCGGGGCGGCUACCCCGGCCCAGCACACCAGGGGCUCUGCGGUGUAAGGUGGCUCUGUCCUUGGAGUGGGCAGAGCCACUGAACUCUUUCUACUUAAUCUCCUUAAAAGUUGUUUCCUUCCUCAUCUCAUGUGGAGAACUUCCCAAGCUAGCGAGAGCUACGAGAUGUGCCAGGGGCGCUGCCCCAGCUGCUGGGACACUGACUGGCUCUGAAGGAGUGAGGUGUCAUGUUAGGACACUGCACAGCCAGACGACCCCCAACAGGGGCCUCUUUGCAUGUCCUUAAGAGUGCAGGGGCUGCAAAACGGGUCAUGUGCCCUCGCUGCACCGUUCAGCUGGGCUCCUGUUGCACUUGACAAAGACUGAUCCUUGGAGGAAGCCAGUUGUUGUUGAAGAGAGAUACAAUCUGCCCCUCCUGCCACCCUGGAAUGGGCCUGGGGCAGGAACCAAAAACUGACCCCGUCAGCACCUUUGUUUUGGCGGCUGUGGACAGUGCAUGGCUUGUGUAGACCACAGGUUGGGGAUUACAAGGAAAGCUUUGUUUCGUUAGUGCAGGGAUUUUUAUAUCCUUAACUGCAUCUAAGGAACGUAUACACGCAACCAGUGCUGGGGAUGGCUACAGAAGCCUGGGGCUCUUGCGGGGGCUCUAUGGAUGCUGCUGCCCAUAGCUGUAUGCCUGGGGCCAGCUGGGGAUUCCAGCCGAGCGUGGAGGUGGGACGCUUGGAUGCUGUUUGGAAAUGGGUGACUGGAGCUCUCUCACUGUGGGAUAGAUUUUUAUACAUAGCUCGGUCUGUGUACAGAGCCCCCCCGGGAGGGAGAUUCCCCCUCCUCCAGCCUGCCCAGUGCAGGGCCACAGGAUACCCACAGCAGAGAUUUUAUAAUGAAACAUGCCAAUGAGACCUGCCUGCCGUGGACGGGGCGGCACAAUCCCUCGGGGGUGAGAGCCGAGGUUAUUUGCUCCGUGAGCGUUUUCCCCCCCUCCCCCCCGCCGACAGAGCAGACUGGGCAUUGCUCUCGACAUUGGACUGUCAGAGCAUUAAUGUGACUGUGUGAAUCUAGCUAGAAAUGGCAAUAAACUCUACUUUUGAUAUAGA